GUUUGGUGGGGGAGUUGGCGUUGGCAGCUCGCGCAGCCGCAGAAGCGAGGAGGGAGAGCAGAGCAAGAUGGCGGAGCGCGGAUACAGUUUCUCUCUCACCACUUUCAGCCCUUCUGGGAAGCUUGUUCAGAUUGAAUAUGCUUUGGCAGCUGUAGCAGCAGGAGCCCCUUCUGUUGGAAUUAAAGCUGCAAAUGGUGUGGUACUGGCAACAGAGAAAAAGCAGAAGUCCAUUCUGUAUGAUGAACGGAGUGUACACAAAGUAGAACCUAUUACCAAACACAUCGGCUUGGUGUACAGUGGAAUGGGUCCUGAUUACAGGGUCCUUGUCCACAGAGCACGCAAACUUGCCCAGCAAUACUACUUGGUUUAUCACGAGCCUAUUCCAACAGCUCAACUUGUACAGAGGAUUGCUUCUGUGAUGCAAGAAUACACACAAUCUGGGGGUGUACGCCCGUUUGGAGUAUCAUUGCUAAUAUGUGGAUGGAAUGAGGGCCGACCAUAUUUAUUCCAGUCUGAUCCAUCUGGCGCUUACUUUGCAUGGAAAGCAACUGCAAUGGGGAAGAACUAUGUGAAUGGAAAAACAUUCCUUGAGAAAAGGUACAAUGAAGAUUUAGAACUUGAAGAUGCUAUCCAUACUGCUAUCUUGACACUAAAGGAGAGUUUUGAAGGACAGAUGACAGAAGACAAUAUAGAAGUUGGCAUCUGUAAUGAAGCAGGAUUUAGAAGACUUACUCCAACUGAGGUUAAGGAUUACUUGGCUGCAAUUGCAUAGUGCAGCUUCAAGAGAACAGCCUGAAUAUAUUCAGAGAUCCCUGUCUUUUUUUUUUACAUCAGCCAUUUGAAUAUGUGGUUUCUGCACUCACAUUUCUACUCUGUUUGUUUGAUAAAUUUUUAAAGAAAUAUUAUGGAUUUAAAUGCUACUGAAUGAUACUGAAAUGUGGAAUUAUUGCUCUUAAAACAUUAAACCCUGUACAAGUGUAUAAUUUGAAUUUACAUACUCUGAGAAAAAUAAACAUACAAAGGGUAUUGUAACUUCUGGAUAAAACUACAAAAA